AUGCAACACAGCGCGAGGGAGAGAGAGAGAGAGAGGCAGAAAGUGUGUGUGCGCGUGUGUGUGCAUGCGGGUGUGUGUAAAAAACUAGGGCACUGUUCCCUGCCCUCUUUUUGCAAACCAGAAGCAGAAAUUUGUGGAGAGAGCGAGAAGGACCGGAGAAACAGCAGGAGCCGAGGGUUGUCGUUGAGUAGAGAAGCCCCCCAAAACUCAACGGUCCAGGAAGGCCAGCGCCUGAGGGGACCCCCCGCACGCCCACGGAAGAAGAAACGCAGACCGGCGAGUCGAUCGACCACAGCCACGGCCGCGCCAUGCUGGAGGACAAGAGGACAAAGGUGAAGAUCACCUUCUUCAUCAUCCUGGUGGGCAUCACCUGCAUGUUCACGGCGGUGGUGACGGAUUACUGGGCGGUGCUGAGCCCGCGGGUGGAGAAGCUCAACAGCACCUGCGAGGCGGCCCAUUUCGGGCUCUGGAGGCUGUGCAAGAAGAGCAUCUUCAUCGUGGAGAAGGACACCAAGGCCAAGGGCUGCGGCCCCAUCAGCCUGCCCGGAGACUACAACUGCUCCUACUUCACACACUUCACUCCCGGGCAAGAUGCAGAGGUUUUUGAAGUGAAAACACAAAAAGAGUACAACAUCUCAGCGGCUGCUAUCGCCAUCUUCAGCCUGGCCUUCAUGAUCCUGGGAACGCUGUGUAUCCUAGCUUCCUUCGGAAAGGGCAGGGACUACCUACUGAAGCCAGCCGGCAUGUUCUACGCAUUCGCAGGCCUCUGCACUAUUAUAUCGGUGGAGGUGAUGCGCCAGUCAGUGAAGAGGAUGAUCGACAGCGACGAGACGAUCUGGAUUGAAUACUACUACUCGUGGUCUUUCGCGUGCGCCUGCGCGGCCUUCGUCCUCCUCUUCCUCAGCGGGAUCGGCCUCCUCCUCAUUUCCAUGCCGCAGAUGCCCCGCAACCCUUGGGAAACCUGUAUGGAUGCUGAUCCGGAGCCCAUCGAGUAACAGACAGACAGACAGACAGACAAUAACAGUUACCGCAUUGUUAUUUCUGUGACGAUCGCGAUAAAUUACAUGAGCAGGUCACGAAAGGAGUAAUCCGGUGUUUUUAGGCAGUGACAAAAAAUAAGACGCUCAACUAUUUCAGAUGCAUAAUUUCAACCGAGAAAUCAUGAACUGAUAUCUUAAGUUUAAAGCAAAUAACUUGGUUCUACAGACUGUGUGUUUAGUGUGAAAUGUAUGUCCCAUUUGUAAUCGAAAAGGUUCUCAUGCUUUGUGGCAUUACAAUUGUUGUUUUCAUAUCUGCCCUAUGCAGCAAUCAUCACAUUUAAAAGUUUGAUAUGGAGAUAUUUUGUUAAUAAGAGCUGAAGAACCAUAUUAGAAUGUCUAACGUAGUUCAUAUUGGAAUAAGACGUAAUUCAAUGCAAAACUAUAAGCGUCCAUUCGAUGUCUCACACGUGCCCACAGUAUGGUCUCACGAUUAUGAAGUGCUAAGGAUAACGCUUUGGACUAGUUGAAUGCUGACGCGUUUCACAACCGAGUUGUUGUUUUCUUUUUAAGCCAUACAAGGGCUCAUUUUAUACACAUUAUUUCACCUCUAAUGAGUAGCGGGCGAGAGGAAGAAUAGCGCAUCACCAUACUGAGCCAUCGCAGGCAGGCAUAAGUGGAACAGUGCGGGCCUGUUUUGCUUUGGUAUUCGAGGAUAGCGUGUUGAAUGCUAAUGCCCGGUCUUUCUGAAGCAGUCAAUGCUGGUGCAGCUAUGUUGGACAGGGUUCCGGAUUCACAGGUGUUCAUAAAAAGCAAGAAAAUUCAAGGGGUCUUUAGGUUUCUUUUAGAGAGGACAAGCGAACAUAAUUCCUUUUUUCCUCCCCUUUUUCAGAGAUUUCUUUAUUGGUGAAGCCAACCGUUCUCAUUUUAUUUCGUGUGUGUGCGUGUGCUUUUUUUAAAGAGGGAGUCUUUCAUUCUGCUUUCAAUUCCAAAUUAUUUGGCCGCACUUGAUCAAUGGUGUUUAUCUAUGGCUGUUUCUAUCCACUUGAACCAUUCUCCACACUUGGGACAGAAAAAUAAACAAUAAGUAAUCUCAACUAGGGCAAGGUUUUCAGGUUUCUUAACAAAAGUUAAGUCCUAUUUUGAAAUCCUUCAGAUACUUCAGAGAAUGGCUCAACAUAAUCUAUUCUCAAUACUUAAUUUCUUACAUGGGAGACCAGAAUACACAAUUGGUCCAAACUUGUAAGCAGUCAUCCCGCCAAAAAAGGGAGAAUACAGAAAUUGAUGCACAGGCUCAUUAAAUAGUACUCUGUGUAUGGGAAGGUAUUGCUUUUGUAUUAUUCAACAGUAGCACUGUUCUGUCCGCUCAGAUUAUUUCAACGCAGUAAUAUAUGCCAGUUUCCUCCAACAGGCUACCAGCUCUGAUGCCUUUCUCCCUAGAUGAUAUUUAUUCGAAGAGGGGCGACUAAAAACAAUAUAAGGAUCAGUGCAUUUCAGAAAUGUUAGGAUAAAGCUGGCAGAGGUGGCCACAGCUGUUGCUCUAUAACCCGUUAGGAAUUUUGGCCAAUAGGAAAUAAGCAUAGACUUUUAUCAAAGUAGACUCUUCUUUUGGGAUGUGUACAUGUUAUAAACUAACCGUGCAAGCGGAUGUAUUUUUAAUUAAAAUAAAUUAAUUGAAACCAUGUACUGUA